AAACAGAUAAAUAAAAAAAAACUCAUAAAAGCUCAGUAAGCAAGCUUAACAUUUUCAUCUAAUUGAAAAUAGGAAAGCUUAAGAGCUGCAGUAUCGGAAUGACAGUCAUGAAUAUUGUAACGGCUCGAAUGUUGGCAUUUAAAUUAAUUUUAACAAGUGAUUUAUAAAUUAGUUUAAUAGUAUGAUUAUGUGUGGAAAAAUUAUAAAAUCAUAAAAAAUAUGUGUCACAAUGAUAAAUUAUUAAGAGAAUAUCUAUGCCUCAAUACUUGCUUACGUGAAUAAAUUGAUAUAGUAUGUUGUGCCAUAGUUUUACAUAUGUAAAUGCAAAUAUUGUAAUUAUAAGUGAAAAUGCAAUUUUUAAGCCUUAACAUAUUUUCAAGACUUCAGAGUGAAAAUCGAUUUUUCAAAUUGCCUCCAACAGAAGCUCAAUUCACAACGAAUAAAAUAUGAAAAUGCCAACACUUGACACUUUACCAGUUUAACAGUGAUAAGGAAUAGCGAAAUUCAUACAUAUUAUAUACAUACAUACAGACAUAAAUAGGAAAUUAUAACACAGCAUUUCCUACAAACUUUGACUCUUGUGUUUAUAUCUGCAGUGCGCAAGCGUGCUCCCAUCCCCAUAGUUAACAAUAGCAUCAAUGGCAAUUGUACAUAGUACAUUUGUAGUAGGUGUGGUGGAUUAAAUGGUUAAAAUAAAAUAGCGACGAUGUCAGUGUCUUUUGAAGUUUGGCCUCGUGUAGACAAGCCUAAGCGGAUCCGUCAUCCUUUUCAAAACGGAUUGAGAGUGGCGAGUUUUGUACAAACAUAAAACGGUUCUUGUGCAUAAAUAACCCUACACUCAUGUGUACACACAUACAUACAUACACUAGGAUGUAGUUAUUGAAUUUUCUUCAUACAAAAUGGGCCUUUUGCAUUCAGACAUUAAAUGAAAAUACAAGUAUGCAUUUGAAAUGCAUAAAAACUUAAAGUGAAAACAGAACAACAACUACUGAAAAGCGCAAAUUCCAUAAAAAUUAGUUUUGAAGUUGACGCCAAUGAAAGUGGAUUUAGUCCGUCUCAAGCUUAAGGCAUAACACUAUUUCAAUAGAUUUGGCAGGAUGCAUCUGCAUUUCGAACCGAGUGUGAAUACAAAAUGUGAUUGCACAAUACUGUCGCUCUCAUGGAUGGGUAAAGUUCCUGAUGAUAUUCCAGAGGAUGAGGGCUGGAAACUGAAUCGAACAAACUAUUACCAAGAAGGAUGGCUGGCUACCGGCAAUAUUCGCGGCAUUGUCGGCGUGACAUUUACAACCUCACAUUGUCGCAGAAAUUUGGAUUUUCCGACACGUACCAACUACAAUCUGCGCGGGCAUCGAUCCGAUGUGAUUUUGGUGAAAUGGAAUGAACCAUAUCAGAAAUUGGCAUCGUGUGAUAGUUCCGGUAUCAUAUUUGUGUGGAUCAAAUAUGAAGGCCGAUGGUCCAUCGAACUGAUUAACGAUCGCAAUACGCCAGUUACGUAUUUCUCCUGGUCGCACGAUGGACGUAUGGCGCUAAUUUGCUAUCAGGACGGUUUUGUGCUGGUAGGCUCGGUAGCCGGUCAGCGUUAUUGGUCAUCAAUGUUGAAUCUGGAGUCAACCAUUACAUGCGGUAUUUGGACACCAGACGAUCAGCAAGUAUAUUUUGGCACCACACAUGGCCAGAUCAUCGUUAUGGACGUGCAUGGAGCGAUGGUGUCGCAAGUGCAGCUCUGCAAUGAUGUUGGCAUAACAGCAAUGGCGUGGUCAUGUGAGAAGUUCAAAAUGGAAGAGGGUGAAGAAUCCGAGCCAGGUGUUACCAAUGCUUCUAAACGUUCUUUUGUUUUGGCUGUUAGCUUUCAAAAUGGCUUUAUAUACUUGAUAAAGUCUUACGAUGACGUCUCGCCUGCACAUAUCAACACAGGGCUUAGCGGCAGCAUAGGCAUGGUAAUGGAAUGGAGUAAUUCGCGUGAAUUGCUCGCAGUUGCUGGCACUGCGCAGACUUCGUUAAACACGUUUGACCAACAAGGGGCGCCGAUUUAUGAAAAUAUUUUGAAAUUUUACACCGAAUCUGGCAGAAUACUGUACCAAACACGCUUACCGAAUACCUCCGCAACGGUGUCGGCCCUUACAUGGGGUCACAACGACAAGCGUCUGUUCAUUGCGACUGGCACCCAAGUGCACAUUGCGUGGGUGUCCAGACGUAUAGCGUCACUCCAAAUGUUAUGUCGCCUACAAAUACAGACAAGCAUUGGCUCAGAACGCUCGUUGCCCUUGCUACCGUUGCCGUCACGAAUUAGGAGUCUGAUUGGCAAUCUUUUUGCUCAAACAAUAAGAUGCUGUGUACCUGAUCUUAAAUCCGUACGUGAGUUCGUCUCCCGGCCACCUAUGUGUUCGACACGCUUGCACUGCACUAUGAUACGACACGACGAGGAUCCUACUCAAAAUACAGGCAUUUGCUACACACUCUAUUUGGAAUAUUUGGGUGGCCUUGUGCCACUUCUCAAGGGCAAACGCACCUCGAAAAUACGUCCAGAGUUCGUGAUAUUUGAUCCACAAGCGAAUGAUUCCCCGGUUUUCGUGCAAUACUCACCAGAAUGGAAAAGCUCUUCCGGCUCGAGCCAAUCUACAACCACCGGACAAAGCGGCAGAACGGAUUCUUCUGAUAGUGAGUUUGAAGAACGUUACCGUAGCUCUCCACGUCCAUUACGUCAUCGGAAAUUGCGUCAGAAAAAGCGAAAUCAGAGCAAUGGAGAAAAAUAUUCUGUGAACACUAAUAUUGAUCCCGAUAGCUUGGAUGAACUCGCCUACGUUGAUACACUUCCUGAGGAAGAAAAACUGGUUGAGGUUACCUCAAAUAUUUGGGGUACAAAAUUUAAAAUUCAUGGACUUGCCAAAACCGUCCCAGCCAAUUUAGGCCAAAUAACGUAUAAAACGUCCCUAUUGCAUCUGCAGCCAAGGCAAAUGACACUAGUUAUAACAGAACUGCGUGACGACUUUCCUUCGGGUCCGGAUCCAACUUUUAAUCCGAACAUUUUUUCCGAAGACGAAGAUGAUGCCGCUCUACACAAUGGCAGUAAAAGCAAUGGUAAUACAUACAACUUACUGACAAAUGCGGAGAACCAAAUGAGAGCUACAUCAACGGCGGCAGCCACACAUCGUCGCCUCAACGAGUUCUCCCCACCUAUUGCGCCAAUGUCACCACGUCCUAACCACCUAUUGGCGCGACACAAAAACGCACUAAAUAACAAUGGAAUACAGUGUGCGAUAGGCAGCACUGGCUUAAGUCCAUUGGCUAGAGCCGAAUCUUAUGAUGAUGAUUCGUCAAAUGAAUCACAGGAGGUAAAUGGCUAUCACAAUGGCGCCAGAGUCAACCUACCGACCGGCAAUUUACUUCAUACCACAAACGGAUCAAAUAACAACAAAAUGGUGCGUCCGAAGAAUAUUACUGCCACUACACCGGGUAUACGUAGCAGCCUAGGACCAGGCUAUAGUAGCUUCAAAAAUAACUACAGCCGUUCUAGUUCGAACUCGAGCUCACAGUCCCGCCACGCUAUAUCGCCUCUGUACUGUGAUGGUUCGGUUCCAACGUUACAAUCACCGAAAAAUGCCGUCGCGCCAACGGAUAUAAUAUUCGAACGUCCUGCUGUUUCGGGCAAUGGUCAGACCACGGUUAUGUCCUACUCCAGCAAUACGGAUUACGCUAACAAUGUUGUGCAAGUGAAGAAUGUUUUGUUGCCCGAAAUGAUUCGGUCUACAAACAGUCAUGUGAACCCAGUACCUUUAAAUCUUAAUUUGAACCUUGAACGCAUGGAUGCCAGACUAAAAACAACAGCGUGUAGCACUAAUUUCACAGCGAAUAAUAAUCCCAUUAACAACAACAACACAAAACGUCGAGAUAUUUCAUAUAUAGAUGAAGAAGUUCAAUCGCCCACCCAGCAAGCUUUGAUAACUUUCACUCCCGUCUCUACACCCGUCGAAGUUCGCAUGAAGCGCACAACAACCGUAGUGUCCAUCGCGCCAGCUCUGCCUGAUUCGAUUACCAGAAGUUGUAGUGUUGGUUAUUUGGACUCGGAUGCUAUUACACCGUCUGACGAAGCCUUAAUGGCGCUGCGAAGAGACGCACCCACUAAACGUUUGAUCUUAGUAGACAAACGUAAGACUAGAAAAAAACGUCAAAAUAAUGAGGACUCCCGCAAACCAAAGUUGGAAAGAUCAGGUAAAUCAAAGAGUUUGGAUUCCUGCGAAUUAGUCUUCAGUCAAACAAAACUAACCAGCAAGGAACCCGAAAAGGCACCACGAAAACUUCAGGAAAUCGCUGAAGGUAAAACCAGUGGCACCGACACCACUGAACCAACGAAAUGUUUUAAAUGUCACCGAAGUGUUAGUCCCAACGAACAAUGUAAACAUUGCCAGCCAGUCCAAACUGCAGUCGACGAGCAACCAAAGAAGGAAGAGAAAAUACGUAUAGUGUCCACCCCGCAGAAGAAAGACUUCACAGCCAACACGCAGUUUUAUGAAAGUUUAUACAAGAGUCAGGAACAACAAAAACAAAUCCAACGUAAAACGGGCGGAACACCGAGAAAGAAAAAGUUGGAUGUAAUUACUAGCUUCACCGACAGUCCACUUUUUACGCGAAAGCAUCGUUUUGGCAUCAGAAGUCGGAGCAAAGAAACUGGUAGUAGCAGUGAAACGAACACCGAAAGCACCACACCGUUGCUGGGUCGUAAAAAUGAUAAUGGAUUUAACUUCGUUAAACAAUUAACCGAGGUACGCUGGCGCCGUAGAGAGGCGCAGAAUAAUGUGACUACUGUAAAAAAUCAACGCGAUUACUUGGGGCACACUCAAUGCGCCAACACGAAUGGGAAUGCUGUUGAGGCCACGCCGGUGGAAGCUAAAGCCUCUGUCUCUUUGCAAGCGCAGGCACUUACAACAUUAGAGAACAUAAUCAGCCGUUUACGAGACCUCGACGAGGGCCGCCUCACACCGCCCGCCACACCAAAACGCCUACCACGAAGCUCACCAGCAUCGCCAGCCGUCAGUAAAAAGAACAAACGUCAGAGUAGUUCGCCCAUUCGGCACUUUUUGAAUUCACCUCUGCUAAAUAGGCGCUAUCGCAAAAAACAAUGCCUCAUAGAAAGUUCAGAUGACGAAGGCAACGGUACAAAUGGGUCAGGCGAAGAAAACGGUGGUGCCAGUUACAAUAAGCAAUAUCGUGAUUUGGAAACAUUCCAAAAGGCACAGCUACUACAAAAGCUAAAACGUGGCAAAAUAGAGCCGAAUGGUUCUUCGAGCUACUCAAGUCCAGCUCCAGUUCGACGAGAAUUCGUGAUGCACAACAAAGCGCCAAUGUGGAAUGAGCUAAGUCAGGUGUAUCAGCUGGAUUUUGGUGGACGUGUCACACAAGAGUCAGCCAAAAAUUUCCAAAUUGAAUUCCGUGGCAAACAGGUAAUGCAAUUCGGUCGCAUCGAUGGAAACGCAUACACAUUGGAUUUUCAAUAUCCAUUUUCGGCAUUACAAGCGUUCGCUGUUGCGCUCGCCAAUGUUACGCAACGGUUGAAAUAAAUACAUAAAAUACAUACACAUAUACAUAUGUUCGUAUGUAUUUAUAUAUAAAUUAAUUGAAGAAAAGCACUGGUCGUCUGACUUUAUUGAUAAACGAGAGUGAUUCAGUGAUUCUAAGUAUUAUGCGUAAAAUACUCGUACUAAAGGGGCCUAAAGUUUUAUUAUACAUACAUACAUACAUACAUCUCUAUACAAAUAUUUGUUUGCGGCAUAAAUAGUGCAUAUGUACAUUUAGGUGAUUGUAGCUUAUACAUACAUACAUACAUAUAUUAGAUAUUGUAACAGUCAAUUUACACGGAUCGUUUCUGCUAAUCGCUUCAAUUCUUUUUAUAUAUAAUUAGCUAAUCGAAGGUUGGCAUUCCAGCUGAAAUUUGUGUACGCGUAUGAUUAGAUAUAUAUACGUCUCGAGAAAGUUAUAUCGAUUGUCAAAAUAUUAAAAAAAAGCUAUUUUAGUGUUGCAAAAGUAGUCGUCACUCGGCAAAUAACGACUAAUUCCGACUGAGUUUAGGAUAGGUUACUCGGAAGCAGCUUGAGAUUAUUCUUUUGUAUCAUCAUAUUGAUGUACGUCACACUCGAAUAAGUAGAAAAACUUAAGUCAUUCAAACAUCUUCCUCUCCUUUUGCUCGCAUUAGUUUUGCAAAAUGCAAUCAAAUUAAAUUAUAUAUUUAUUUCAAUCAAUCUUUUCUAAUAAUAACAAUAAUAACCAUAAAUUAAAGAUAUUUAUUGUUUUCAAAUAUCCACAUUAAAUCCACUUCCCAAGCUUAACGAGCUAAAAGCUCUUCGAAAACCUCCUAUUAAAAUUAAUUUAUUUAAUUUAAUUUUUGUGUAAUUAGUUAGACUUAUAAAAAAAAUAUAUUAAUUUAACUACGACAAUAUAGACAUUUUAAUUCGUGGCACCAAUUUAUAGUGCCUAACAAAAUCUGAAAAUUUGAGUGAGCGAUCCGUUUCAUAUUUUGUUUUUUUUUUUUGCGUCGUUAAUAUGCAUAGACACAUUUAUUAACUUACAUAUUUUUACAGAACAAACAACAUAAGUAGGUAGAAUAGAAACAUAUACGAGUAGUUUACCGUUAACUUAUAGAUUUUCGCACAAAUAGUAUACAACUCACAUAAGUACAUUUAAGUUUUAUUUAAUAUGAAUUGUAGUUGCAACGUUUUACGCUUAAUAAACGGUAGUUAACGGUAAAUAAAUUAUUUUUUUAAUAUGUUAUGAGAACAUAAAUUACGAUUAUUAUUUUUUUUUUUUAUAAUGAAAAUAUAUAUAGGACGUUGCUUCGGCAAAAUAAUAUUUUCAAAUAUUAUAAGAGUAUCUGAAAUUUCCCUGACAGCCGCGUUGAGUUUCCUAUGUGAAAUAGGUAUUCUAAAAAUGAAAACACGUA